AGUUUUGGGCUCUGUCCUUUAUUCCAGGAGCAAAGAAGAAUUGGAAAGUGCACUGGAUAAACUGGAAGCAGUUCCAAACAAGGACAUUCAAAGUGUGCUGAAAAUAAGUUAUGGUGAGCUGGAUGAUAAGGAGCAAGAUAUAUUUCUUGAUAUUGCAUGUUUCUUCAAAGGAUAUGAUGUAGAUUUUGUACAAAGAAUACUUGGUGGUUGUGGCCUCUAUGCAAGCACAGGAAUGCAAAGUUUGAUUGAUAAGUCUCUCAUAACCAUCAUCGACAAUGAGCUGCAGAUGCAUGGCCUGCUGCAAGAAAUGGGCGGAGAAAUUGUCCGAGAAGAGUCUAUUAAAGAACCUGGAGAUCGUAGUAGAUUAUGGAAAACUGAGAACAUCCAUCAUGUGUUCAAAAGAAACACAGGAUCUGCAAAAGUUGAAGGCAUAUUCCUAAAUACAUCUGAGAUGAAAGAGAUAAUUCUGAGCCCUGAAAUCUUCUCACAGAUGCAUAAUCUAAGGUUGCUUAAAAUUUAUAAUUUUGAUGAGGAAGAGAAAUGCAAACUGAAAUUUCCUCAAGGUCUUCAUUGCCUUCCUGAUGCACUUACAUAUCUAUAUUGGGAUGGAUACCCUCUUAAAUCUUUGCCAUCAUAGUUUAGUCCAGAGAACAUUGUUAUCCUUCAAAUGCCUAACAGCCAACUUGAGGAACUUUGGAAUGGCGUUCAGGAUCUUGGGAAGUUAAUAGAGAUGGAUCUUAGUCACUCUAAGCACUUGACUAAAAUCCCAGACGUUGCUCACGCUCCGAACCUUGAGACUAUAAAUCUUGAAUACUGUAUAAGUUUGCUUCAACUUCCUCCAACUCUGCAAUAUCAUUGCAAGCUCAGUUCUUUGAACCUGAGAUGCUGCUCAAAACUUGAGAAACUUCCAGAGCUAUCCAGGAAUUUGAAAAGAGUUAGUUUUGGAAGGAUGUACAGAAAUAAAAGAAGUUCCCUCAUCGAUUGGAUCUCUGGACAAACUCGAGUCUUUGAAUCUUCACAACGGUAAAGUCCUUAUGAAUCUUCCGAGCAGCACUAGUAAUAUGGAUUCACUCAAAUCUCUGAGUCUCUCUGCCUGCGCAUCCAUUGACAUGUUUCCAAGUCUUCCAAAGGUUCUAAGUCGGUUAGAUAUAAGUGGAACCACGAUAAAGGCAGUGCCAUCAUCAGUAGACGAACUGUCUGGUCUAGUUAAGUUUUAUCUCAAAGGUUGCAAAAGGCUUGAGAGUCUCCCUACUCGCAUUUAUAAUCUAAAAGCUCUCACAUUUCUUUCUCUCUCUGUAUGCUCAAAAUUGAGAUACAUUCCGGAAAUCUCAGAGCCUUUGGAAAGUUUACGCUUCCUCCAUUUGGAUGAAACAAGAAUUAAAGAGCUACCCUCUUCCAUUGGAAAUCUAAAAGGGCUUAAAGAAUAGAACCUUGACAACUGCUGCAAGCUUAAAGCUCUACCAGACAGCAUCAAUAAGUUAAACAAUACAGAACACUUUUCCUUGUUUGGCUGCUCAAAACUUGAAAAAUUCCCAACUUUAUCAACUUCUUUAGCAAAUUCGGAUGCAUGCCAACAUAGCCUGGAUUUAAAAUUUUUCAAUUGUAUGAAGUUGGAUCAUGAAGCAAGCAGGGGAAUAAUGGCUGAUGUACAUAUCAGAAUUUUGCGUAUGGCAGCUUCUACAUUAAAAACUAAGAAUGAAUUUCCAUUCUUUGCAUCACCCUCGUUAAGAAUUUGGUGUCCAGGAAAUGAAAUUCCAGAUUGGUUUACGUACCAAACAGAGGGAGAUGAAACUCCAGAUUGGUUUACGCGGCCAUCAAAGGGAUCUUCACUGAAUAUCCAGCUUCCUCUAAAUUGGCACUCCAACUUGUUGGGUAUUGCUCUCUGUACUGUUGUUGCAUUCAGGAAUUGCGAUCGUAAUUUACCCUUGUGGAUAUCAUGUAAAUGCUCAUUGAAGAGGAACAAUGGUAUAGGCCAUAAGUUCAACUGGUUUAUGAACUGGAAUAGGAUGAUGGCUAGCAAGACUUGGGGAGUUGCAGAAUCUGAUCACAUGUUCUUGUGUGCAUCAAUUUUCAACCAUCACAAAGUGUGGGAUCAACUAUUAUAUGCCCAAGAUGCAGAGAGACUUGGUAUCCUUAGUCAAGAUGAUAGGGAACCAGAUGUCGAACAUAAUAUAACUAAGAGAAGCCGGAAUGCGUUUGAAGCCGGUGGAGGUGUGAUUUUUAUAAGCUCUGACAAGGAAGAAGAAGAUGAUCAACCAAAUCCUAAGAGAAUUUGAUGCAUCUCUUCCAGAUUAAUGUAAGGUGACUCCUUUCAUCAUUCUAGUAUCCAUUUAUGCUUAGUUAAUUUCUUACUUUGUUUUGGACGUUAAUGGAAUUGUGUUUAGCUUGCAUUAAAUACAAAUUAUUCUACUUCUUAUGCCAAAACCAUUGAAAAUAAAAAAUAAAAAAGAAUCACGCGUUGACAGAGAAAAGAAAACUUGUCAAUUUCACAUUUAAUCUUAUUUACGCUUCAAGCAAAUUAUUCAACUUUUUAUGCUAAGCAAGAAGAAAAGGACAACACCUAAAAAAAAAAAAAAAAAUGGCAAUUUCAUAUGUCAUCUGUUAUUAUGCAUUAUUAUUCGCUAUUAAUCUAUUAUGAAUUUCUUUUUUGUUCAAUUUGAAAAUGUGAUUUUGGAAAAUAUGACAUACAUGUUCUCAUACUUUCCCCUUGUAUUGGCGUUAAAGGAUUACUCUCACUCAAAACCCUAUCCAGUCUCUGAAUAGGAUUAACAUCUAGCUUGAGUUUGAGUUUGAGUUUGUAGUUCAGUUCAUCCCUCCUUAAUUUGCAACUUUCCAGUGACUAUAAGAUGGUUAAAAUUUAAGACAAUGAUUGAAGUGGUACCCUUGAGAAUUGGGUGUUUCAAAAAUCUUCAGUCCUUUCUUCUGCGUUACCGCAGAAGACUUAGGAUCUUCCCACCGACAGUUGUAAGUU